UCAUUCCAGGGUUUUGUUGCCCCCGACUCCACUCUACACUUUAGCCGUAAAAAUGGCGCCUUUGCAACUCCGAAGGCUCUUCCUUCACCAUCUCUCUCCUCAGAUGCUCCCGCACCGUCUCCUUUCUCCACAACCUGCUUUCUGUUCCCGUUUUGCCCCGGCCCAUUUAGUUAAUUUCCUCUCUAAACACUUCUCUUCUGAAUCUGAGACUGCAUCUGCAUCCGCUACAAACCCUAAAAAUACCCUGGAUGACGCAGAUCAAGAACUCGCUCAAUCUCUCUCUAGAGAACUCCUCGCGAGUUCUGACGCAGACCCAUUACCCGUUUCUCAGAGACUUCACCUCAAUUUCUCUCACAUCAGGCCGACACCUUCCUUGGUUCUCUCCACGCUCAAUCUUAGCCCUGAAGCUGGCCGUACAGUUCUAGGGUUUAACCAGUGGCUUACCCAAAACGCAAACUUUUCCCACUCUGAUGAAACGUUGUCAUUUUUCACAGAUUAUUUCGGUCGUAGAAAGGAUUUUAAGGCGACCCAUGAUUUUCUGGUUGAAAAUAAAGAGGUUUUGGGGCCUAAAACUCUAGAAUCUUGCAUUGAUAGACUAGUCCGGGCGGGUCGGCCAACGCAGGUUUUAGGGUUUUUUGAGAGAAUGGAGAGGGAUUAUGGGUUUAAGCGUGAUAAAGAUUCACUGAGAGUGAUUGUGGAGAAAUUAUGUGAAAAUGGGUAUGCGAGUUAUGCGGAAAAAUUGGUGAAAAAUACUGCAAAUGAAAUAUUCCCAGAUGAUAAGAUAUGUGAUUUGUUGAUCAAAGGUUGGUGUGUUGAUGGGAAACUUGAGGAGGCAAAAAGAUUGGCCGGUGAGAUGUAUAGAGGAGGCUUUGAGCUUGGCACAAUGGCUUUUAAUGCUAUUCUUGAUUGUGUUUGUAAGCUUUGUAGAAAAAAAGAUGCAUUUAGGCUUGAUUCUGAGGCUGAGAAAGUGUUGGUUGAUAUGGACUAUUAUGGGGUUCCAAGGGAUGUGGAGACAUUCAAUGUGAUGAUUACUAACUUGUGUAAGAUUAGGAGAACUGAGGAUGCAAUGAAAUUGUUUAAUAGGAUGGGAGAAUGGGGCUGUCAUCCGAACGAAACCACAUAUCUUGUUUUGAUUAAGAGUUUGUAUCAGGCUGCAAGGGUCGGAGAAGGCGAUGAAAUGAUUGAUAGAAUGAAAAGUGCUGGUUAUGUGAUUGACAAGAAGGCAUAUUAUGCCUUCUUGAAGAUUUUGUUUGGGAUUGAAAGGGUUGAGCAUGCAAUGACCGUGUUUGCGAAGAUGAAGAAAGAUGGGUGCAAACCUGGGAUCAAAACUUACGAUUUAUUGAUGGGAAAAUGGUGUGCACAUAACCGUGUUGAUAAGGCAAAUGUGUUGUUUAAGGAGGCAUUGAAGAAUGGGCUGCCAGUGACACCCAAAGAGUAUAGGGUUGAACCAAGGUUUUUGAAGAAACCAAAACCUGUGAAGAAGGAGAAGAAGAGGGAAACUUUGCCUGAAAAAAUGGCAAGGAAGAGGAGACGGCUCAAGCAAAUCAGAUUGAGUUUUGUGAAGAAGCCAAGGCGUACGAUGAUGCGAUGAGACUUCUGAUUAAGGGUUUGACAAUUGAAUUCAAGCUCUUAUUUUGAACUCUGUGAUUUUCAUUUCUUUUUGACAUUAGAAAUAAUUUUCUUGUUGAAUUUGGAUUCUAUGAAAGUAUAUUUUGCCUUUUGCAACUUGAGCAUCAGCUUUGUUCUUUUGUGACUCACCAUUUGGUUGAGUUUCAAUAUUUUCUGUGUCUGCAAGGUAACAAAGCUUGUUGCUGCUUGUUAGUUGUUUUUAUCAUUGUUCGAUGGCAUAGAUAGAUGGCAACAGUGACUGUUAAAUGCAAUCUUGCCAACAAAAUCUAAUUUUGAUUUUCAA